UCAUGAAAAAUGGUGAUCACGUCUACGUUCUCUGUACUAUAAAACUCAAAAUAUGCCUCUCCACAAACCCUUUUGCUUCUUUGCUCUCCCUUCCUCUCUCUUAUCACUGCGGCUAGGGUUUCGGCAGAGCUUUCAGCUGCUUCACUAAUUUAUCAUGGGUAAGGAGAAGAUUCACAUCAGUUUGGUGGUCAUUGGCCAUGUUGAUUCUGGAAAGUCGACAACUACUGGUCACUUGAUCUACAAGCUUGGUGGAAUUGACAAGCGUGUGAUUGAAAGAUUUGAGAAGGAAGCUGCUGAGAUGAACAAGAGGUCCUUCAAGUAUGCCUGGGUGCUUGACAAGCUCAAGGCUGAGCGUGAGCGUGGUAUUACCAUAGAUAUUGCCUUGUGGAAGUUUGAGACCAACAAGUACUACUGCACUGUCAUUGAUGCCCCUGGUCACCGUGACUUUAUCAAGAACAUGAUUACUGGUACCUCCCAGGCUGACUGUGCUAUCCUCAUCAUUGACUCCACCACUGGAGGUUUUGAGGCUGGUAUCUCCAAAGAUGGCCAAACCCGUGAGCAUGCCCUUCUUGCCUUCACCCUUGGAGUGAAACAAAUGAUUUGCUGCUGUAAUAAGAUGGAUGCCACCACACCCAAGUAUUCCAAGGCUAGGUAUGAUGAAAUCGUCAAGGAAGUAUCUUCAUAUCUCAAGAAGGUCGGAUACAAUCCAGAUAAAAUCCCGUUCGUUCCCAUCUCCGGUUUUGAGGGAGACAACAUGAUUGAGAGGUCAACCAACCUUGACUGGUACAAGGGACCAACCCUUCUUGAGGCUCUUGACAUGAUCAACGAGCCAAAGAGGCCAUCAGACAAGCCCCUUCGUCUCCCACUCCAAGAUGUCUACAAGAUUGGAGGCAUUGGAACCGUUCCUGUUGGACGUGUUGAAACUGGUGUAUUGAAGCCUGGUAUGGUUGUUACCUUUGGUCCAACUGGUCUGACCACUGAAGUUAAGUCUGUUGAGAUGCACCAUGAGUCUCUUCCAGAGGCUCUUCCUGGUGACAAUGUUGGUUUUAACGUGAAGAAUGUUGCUGUCAAGGAUCUCAAGCGUGGUUACGUGGCUUCCGACUCAAAGAAUGACCCUGCUAAGGAAGCUGCUAACUUCACUGCACAGGUUAUCAUCAUGAACCAUCCGGGACAGAUUGGAAAUGGUUACGCCCCAGUGUUGGAUUGCCACACCUCUCACAUUGCUGUUAAGUUUGCCGAGCUAGUGACGAAGAUUGACAGGCGUUCCGGUAAGGAACUUGAGAAGGAGCCCAAGUUCUUGAAAAAUGGUGAUGCUGGAUUUGUAAAGAUGAUUCCAACCAAGCCCAUGGUUGUCGAAACUUUCUCAGAGUAUCCACCCCUUGGUCGUUUUGCUGUUAGGGACAUGAGGCAGACCGUAGCUGUUGGUGUCAUUAAGAAUGUUGAAAAGAAGGAUCCAACUGGUGCUAAGGUUACCAAGGCUGCCCAGAAGAAGAAAUGAAGUGCUUGACCAUAAUUAAAUGUUUUGUUAUGUUUAAGGCUUUUUGGUUUUUAAAGAUUUAUGUGUACUGUUAUGUCACUGAGACUUGAGAUUGCGGAGUUAUCAUUUUAUUUAAGUAGCUCGAGAGCUAUGUUGAACUUGUUUUAUUUGGCUACAUGCUAGUGUAUUGCCUGAAUCUGAACUAUAUUUAUACCUUAUACCCGUUUUAAUUGA